AUUUUGUAGACGAAUGUGCAAGGAGUUCUCCUGUUGAUUAUUUCUGGUACAGGAAGACAUUAAACAUCUCCACUUCUAUUGACGAUUCUGGAACUGUGCAGUGGUGGCUUCUCUUGAGUCUAGUUUGUGCCUGGGGAGUGCUGUAUGUUUGCACAAUCAGAGGCAUUGAAACAACAGGAAAGGCAGUGUAUGUAACAUCGACACUUCCUUACGUUGUGCUCACCAUUUUCUUGAUCCGUGGCUUGACACUGAAAGGCUCUGUCAAUGGAAUCGUAUAUCUCUUCACACCUGAUGUUAAUGAAUUAGCUAACCCAACCACCUGGCUAGAUGCUGGAGCGCAAGUAUUCUUUUCUUUCUCCCUUGCCUUUGGAGGCCUCAUCUCAUUCUCUAGUUACAAUUCAAUUCACAAUAAUUGUGAGAAAGAUGCUUUGAUUAUCUCAGUAAUCAAUGGCCUCACAUCCAUUUACGCAGCCACUGUCAUAUACACAAUCAUUGGAUUCAGGGCAACAGAGCAAUAUGAUAGCUGUUUUGAACAGUAA